GGUUACAGUGAAGGGUAAAACCUCACGCCAACUUGAGGGGAGAGAGAGAGAGAGAGAGAAGAAGACGACGAACAGAACAGAGCUCCGAAGCCCUUUCGGUCUUCGGAGCUUUCUGUGAACCACCUUGCUUUCUAGUGUUUUCAUUCUCAUAUCGAUCGAGUACAGCCCCGAGUUUGUCUUCACAGGUUGCAGAAUUUCAAUACAUUGUUAUCGAAGAACCCUAAAUCAUAUACGAGAAAUUAUUGGAGUUAACCUUCUAUAUAUGAACUGAAUUAAGGGUUAUUUACUCAGGGGAGUGAAAUGCCAUCCGGUUUUAUUUCAAAUCUGAACACUGCUUUCUGUUGUGGUUUUCAAAAAUCUAUAAGACUGCAACGAGGCCGUUCCUGUAAUUCGAUAGAAUUGCUUCUUAGUAAGCGAAGAUUCUCGAUUUUGAGUUGUGGGUUGUGUUAUUCUUCCCCGGUUCCCAGUCACACGAGCAUACCCAGUAGACCCUUUACUUCAAGACUAGUUUGUGAUUUGGGUAAUCAGAAAAAUAAUCUAUUUGUUGUUGGAGCUGUAUCUCAAACACAUUCCGCUACGUUUGUUACUGGAUUAACCGGUCUGGUUUCUGAGUAUCCAAGCAAUCAGUGUUGUAGAAAAGCAAUGGCUGCUUCUGGUUCCAAAGCUGCCUCCAGAGAUCUUAUUGUCGAUACCUUCAUCACAAGUUGUGGCAAUGUGUCAAAUUUUGUAAAACCCACGGGUGUUUAUUUCAGUGAUAGGAAUCUUCAGAGUUGCCGCAAAGCUAGCAUGAGUCUGAGAAAUAGAGAACCAACCAAUGCCCGGUUAAGUUUUGGUUAUUUUAUAUUUGAUGUUACACGGAGGUCUUGCAAUCCACUUGUUGGAUCAUGGUUGAGAGACUUCCAUACCUCCUCUUCUCCAAACUACUCUGAUCGGGCUGUGCCUGAUGUGUCAUUCGAUGAAUCAUCAUGUGAUGAACAGGUUGGAAAUGCUGCAGUCUCAGCUGAUCAAAAUAUUGUGGGUGACAGAACCUUGAAGCUGCUUUCUGGAUCAUGUUAUCUGCCCCAUCCUGAUAAAGAAGAAACGGGAGGAGAGGAUGCACACUUUAUUUGUGUAGAUGAACAAGCCAUUGGUGUAGCAGAUGGUGUUGGUGGCUGGGCAGAUGUGGGUGUUAAUGCAGGAUUAUUCUCCCGUGAACUAAUGUCACAUACAGUGACAGCAAUUCAGGACGAGCCGAAGGGUUCUAUUGACCCCUCUAGGGUGCUGGAGAAAGCUCAUUCAAUCACAAAAGCCAAGGGCUCCUCAACAGCCUGCAUCAUAGCCCUUACAAACCAGCAGGGUAUUCAUGCAAUUAAUCUAGGGGACAGUGGAUUUAUUGUAGUCAGAGAGGGAUGCACUAUCUUCCAAUCCCCUGUGCAGCAGCAUGGUUUCAAUUUUACAUAUCAACUGGAAAGUGGCAACGGAGGUGAUCUACCAAGUUCUGGUGAGGUUUUUACGAUUCCAGUUGCACCAGGAGACGUUGUUGUUGCUGGUACAGAUGGAUUAUUUGAUAACUUGUAUAACAAUGAGAUAACUGCUGCUGUUGUACACGCGGUUAGGGACGGCUUGGGGCCCCAGGUAACAGCCCAGAAGAUUGCUGCAUUGGCACGCCAGAGAGCUCAGGACAGAAACAGGCAGACACCGUUUUCCACUGCUGCUCAAAAUGCUGGCUUCCGUUAUUACGGUGGCAAACUUGAUGAUAUUACUGUUGUUGUUUCUUAUAUCACCAGCUCGACCUAAAUGUGAGUUUCUUUGUCAUCACUCUGUUUUGUGUGUAUGAGCAAUGCUUUGUAUGGUAAUACAGAAACAUGAAGCAUGUUAUUCUAUUUUUUGUCACAGACACUGUAAGAACGUCAACAUUGACAUCCAAGAAAGCUUUCUUCCCCUCUUAAAA